AUGGCCAACGCACCAUCUUGGCCCUUCGCGCCCUUCGAUUCAAAUUACGCACCACCACAGGAUCCUGAUACGAGCACCGAUUACGAAUCUGCUGGGGCUUGGGCGGUAGCGUCGCCCUUCCCGUCGUCAGCCAAUCAAAUAGACCACAGCAACAUCGUCUUCGACCAUCCGGCGUCCUUUUCGACUCCAUUCUCGCCCUUUCCAGCGUUAGCUGCUAAUGAUCUGGGUGACUUGGCUUCGGAGCCUGCAGCAGUCGAUCUCCCAAGCACGGGACACGACUACACCGAUCUUCCAGGACUCGAGGCUGCAGGACACACGAUCGAUCCUUUCCUCUUGGCGCAACCUGAUUACGGUACUGGUGGCUUCACUUCUGACAGUGAAGCUCAUGUGGAUCCUGGCUUUGCCGGCGCAAGUGCUGCCUAUCGUCAGCCUGAUCAGGGCGACGGAGGGCGCCUCACUCCAAAGGGUAUGCGUACUGCCAAAACCCUCUUCUGA